GUCAGAUAAGUGGGAAGUCCUCUCUAGAGUAUAAAUACAUGAGCCCGGUGGACAUCGAGCACGAAUCUGAGACAGCGUGAAGACAUUUGGAGCAGAUAUUCACAAUGGCCAACCACAAAGGUUUGAUUAGUGAUGUGGAUCUGAGAAGUCGUGAGAACAACUCGGCACACCGCACCAGGGAGAUCGAUCAGAAGCGCUUGAUUGUCCGUAGGGGUCAGCCCUUCUCCAUCACUGUGCAGUGUAAUGGCUCUUUGCCCCCCAAACACCACUUGGAUCUAGUCCUGCACCUCGGUAAGAGAGACGAGGUGGAGAUCAAGGUUCAGAAGGUGCAUGGAGCUGGGGACAAGUGGUGGUUUAACCAGCAGGGAGCACAAGAUGAAAUGCUGCUGACUCUGCACAGUCCAGCAGAUGCUAUCAUUGGCCAGUACAGUCUGGCUGUGCUGCUGAUGUCACCGGACGGACGCGUUUUAGAGAAAAAGGACAAAAUGAGUUUCCACCUGCUCUAUAACCCCUGGUGCAAAGAUGAUGUGGUGUAUCUGCCUGACGAGACUCAGCUUCAGGAGUACAUCAUGAAUGAAGAAGGAAUAAUCUACAUGGGGACCUGGGAAUACAUCAAAAGCAUUCACUGGAAUUAUGGACAGUUUGAGGACUAUGUGAUGGACAUCUGUUUUGAAGUCCUGAAUAACUCCAGCGAUGCUCUGCGAGACUCACAGAUGGACAUUGAGCAGAGAUUUGACCCCGUCUACGUCAGCAGGAUCAUCACUGCAAUGGUGAACUCUAAUGAUGACAGAGGAGUGCUGACUGGGCGCUGGACUGAGCCGUACUCUGAUGGAGUUGCACCGUACCGGUGGACCGGCAGCGCACCGAUCCUCCGUCAGUGGAGCAAAGCUGGGGUCAGAGCAGUGAAAUAUGGCCAGUGCUGGGUGUUUGCUGCUGUUGCAUGUACAGUGCUGCGCUGUCUGGGAAUCCCAACUCGCCUCAUCACCAACUUCUCUUCAGCUCAUGAUGUCGAUGGAAACCUCUCUAUAGACUUCCUGUUGGAUGAAAACCUGCAACCACUGGAGAGCAGAGGAGGGAGAGACAGCAGCUGGAAUUUCCACUGUUGGGUGGAGUCUUGGAUGAGGAGAGAUGACCUCCCCAAAGGAAAUGAUGGCUGGCAGGUUUUAGAUCCCACCCCUCAAGAACUCAGCGAUGGGGUUUUCUGCUGUGGUCCGUGCCCUGUGACGGCCGUCAAGGAGGGAAAUCUGGGAGUGAAGUACGAUGCUCCGUUUGUGUUUGCAGAGGUGAACGCUGACAUCAUCCACUGGAUCGUUCAGAGAAAUGGCCAACGGAGGAAAAUCAGAGUGGACCAGACCACUGUGGGUAGGAACAUCAGCACCAAAAGUGUUUACGGGGACUUCAGAGACGACGUCACUGUGCAAUACAAAUAUCCUGAAGGAUCCAAGAAGGAGAGAGAAGUGUACGAGAAGGCGGGGCGUCGGGUGACAGACGUCCUGAGUGGCAGCUCAGAACCAGGACGACUGCAGCUGUCCAUCAAGCACGCCAAGCCUGUGUUUGGGACAGACUUUGAUGUGAUUAUUGAGGUGAAGAAUGAAGGAGACCAGGAUGCUCACGUCCAGCUGACCAUGCUGGCUACAGCUGUUACUUACAGCUCUCUCUAUCGGGGGAACUGCCAGAGGCAGACCACCACUGUGAUGGUGCCUGCUCACAAAGCUCAGCAGGAAGUGCUGCGUCUGCGCUACGAUGACUAUGCCCAGUGUGUCUCAGACGAUCAUCUGAUCAGGGUGAAAGCAUUCGUAGAGGCUCCAGGCGAGAACGAGCCCCUCCUGACUGUGACUGACAUCCCACUCAGCAGACCUGACGUCUUCAUACAGGUUCCUGGGAAGGCUUUUGUUCGUGAACAAGUAAAAGCUUCCAUCUCCUUCACCAAUCCCUUACCAGUUCCACUGAAAGGAGGUGUGUUCACUGUGGAGGGUGCAGGCCUACUCUCUUCCACUAAGAUCCAUGUUAGUGAGGACAUUUCUCCAGGACAGACGGUGUCCAUUGUGGUGUCCUUCUCACCCAUGAGGACUGGGGUGAGGAAGCUGCUGGUGGACUUUGACUCUGACCGACUGAAAGAUGUCAAGGGAGUCACCACAGUGGUCGUCCGCAAGAAGUACAGAAAUAUGUUCGCUGAAAUUACCGAAUUUUAUUAAGCAACCUUUAAAUAAUCUGAGACGUGUCCUGUGAGCGGAUGAGCCAUCGAGCAAUCCGCAUGUAUGUGGAAUAAAACAUGUUCCACAUACAUCAGCCUGUGAAAGUUCACAAAUACAUGAUGAUAAAGCAUUAGUUUGAAGCCACUAUGUGCCAGGUAUGAACAUUUCUGACUUUGCAUUAUCAUAUUUUGCAUUUUGUUUCGGCUUCACUGCGUUAGCGUCUCAUUUCUUGCCUUUGACUUUUGCGGUUUAGUUUUUCUGCUGAAUUUUGGUGCCUGGCCGACAGUUUAAAGGUUUCUAAUAAAGGAAAUUCUGUUGUUGUUUGUA